CUACUAAAGUCACACACUCUCUCUCUAGAAGUAGUUGUAGACAGAGAAACAGAAAACCUCUCCACCGUACUUCACCCAAAACCCACAACACUCUUUCUCUCACACCAAUGGCGUCUCCGCAACCACUGAAACUACUCCUCCUCCUCUGCUUCACGGUCGUCGCGUUCAAUUGCAUUUCACAUGGUCAAGGAGGUGAGGUCGAGGAGACCAGCAUACACCUCAUGACGGAGGCUCUGGAGUGGCCGUCGUUGACAUCGAUGUCUCUCUACGACGACGACGAAGGAGACAUGGAGGAGGGUCGUCGAUCACUGUUCUGGCGUGCAUUGCGGCACUACUACAUUUCGUACGGAGCUCUGUCGGCCAAUAGAAUCCCAUGCCCACCGCGCUCAGGUAGGUCCUACUACACCCACAACUGUUAUAGAGCCAGAGGCCCUGUUCAUCCCUACACUAGAGGAUGCUCUGCAAUCACUCGUUGCAGGAGGUGAUUUCUCCUGGCUUAGCUUGCUAGGGUUUAAUUAAUUGCAAUUCUAUAUGCUGUAUACAUUGUUUUCUAUUAAUUAGUUGGAUUUGUGUGUUUGUUUAAUGGGUUGUUGGUUGUGAUAAUUAAACCCCUUGCAGAUCUGUGUUAGUGUAGUUUGAGUUAGGCAAGGCAUUUACUCUUUGAUGUUGUGUCACUAUUCUUGUAUCGGUAUACUUAUAUCUAUCUGUGUUGACAAUUGAGUUUAUAUAGACUUGUAUUAAUGUGAAUUGUGUUUGGUUCUUGAGAAA